UCAAGCGCAAUAUUGCAUAGAUUUGCAAAAAAUAGACAAGCAGCGCAAGCGGGGCCGGAGCGGGCAGCAAGGGCGCAAAGGGCGGGAGGGCAUCUGUGUGGCUUCCUAACGGGGUGAUCCUGCCUACUGAAUCUUGGACAACAUGGCAAGUUUUAUUCUACGUACAGUUUCGACAAGCUGCUCCAGUCCCCUUUUCAACAGUGCGCUGUCUCACAGGGCGAAGACUGUGAAGACACCAUGCCUACGAGCCUUCCGCAUGAACCAGGUGCUCUGGUGCCAGGCUCCUGUCAAACCAGGUAUCCCAUAUAAGCAGCUGACUGUGGGUGUUCCCAAGGAGAUAUUUCAGAAUGAGAAGAGAGUUGCCCUGUCGCCAGCAGGAGUUCAAGCCCUGGUUAAACAAGGGUUUAACGUUGUUGUGGAGUCGACUGCAGGAGAAGCUUCCAAAUUCUCUGAUGACCAUUACAGAGAGGCAGGGGCACAGAUCCAAGGGACGAAGGAAGUCUUGGCUUCUGAUUUAGUCGUCAAAGUGAGAGCUCCUAUGUUGAAUCCAGCUCUUGGCAUGCACGAGGCAGAUCUCUUUAAGUCAUCUGGUACCCUUAUCAGUUUUAUCUACCCAGCUCAAAACCCAGACCUCCUGAACAAACUGUCAGAAAGAAGAACUACUGUCUUGGCUAUGGAUCAGGUUCCUCGCGUGACCAUUGCUCAAGGAUAUGAUGCUCUCAGCUCCAUGGCCAACAUCGCUGGCUAUAAGGCAGUUGUGUUGGCAGCCAAUCACUUUGGUCGUUUUUUUACGGGUCAGAUCACGGCAGCUGGCAAAGUCCCUCCAGCUAAGGUUCUGAUCAUUGGUGGUGGAGUCGCAGGCUUAGCAUCUGCAGGAGCGGCUAAAUCAAUGGGAGCUGUGGUUCGUGGGUUUGAUACCAGAGCUGCAGCAUUGGAACAGUUCAAAUCACUAGGUGCGGAGCCUUUGGAGGUUGACCUAAAAGAAUCUGGGGAAGGGCAAGGAGGCUAUGCAAAAGAGAUGUCUAAAGAGUUCAUUGAAGCCGAGAUGAAACUCUUUGCAAAACAGUGCCAAGAUGUUGACAUUAUCAUCACGACAGCUCUCAUUCCUGGUAAAAAAGCUCCAAUCCUCUUUCGGAAAGAUAUGAUUGAAUUGAUGAAGGAAGGCUCAGUUGUUGUAGACCUAGCUGCUGAAGCUGGGGGAAACAUUGAAACUACAAAGCCAGGAGAACUCUAUAUUCACAAGGGAAUUACACACAUAGGUUAUACGGACCUUCCCAGCAGAAUGGCCACCCAAGCCAGCACGUUGUAUUCCAAUAACAUCACCAAGCUCCUGAAGGCCAUCAGCCCAGACAAGGAGAAGUUCUUCCUUGACAUAAAGGAUGAAUUUGACUAUGGUACUCUGGACCAUGUUGUAAGAGGAACAGUGGUAAUGAAGGAUGGAAAGGUGAUUUUUCCAGCACCACCUCCUAAGAACAUUCCCCAGGCAGCGCCUGUGAAGCAGAAGACUGUGGCAGAGCUGGAAGCAGAAAAAGCAGCCACUGUUACACCCUUCAUGAAAACAAUGACGACUGCCUCUGCGUACACAGCAGGACUCAGUACUUUGCUCGGGUUGGGCGUUGCAGCUCCAAAUUCAGCUUUCACUCAGAUGGUGACAACAUUUGGCUUGGCCGGGAUUGUUGGGUACCACACGGUGUGGGGUGUGACGCCUGCACUCCACUCGCCACUCAUGUCUGUGACGAACGCCAUCUCAGGGUUGACAGCUGUGGGUGGAUUGGCACUAAUGGGGGGACAAUAUCUCCCUGAUAAUGUGCCUCAAAGCCUAGCUGUUCUUGCUGCUUUUGUGUCCUCUAUCAACAUUGCAGGUGGUUUCCUAGUCACGCAGAGGAUGCUGGAUAUGUUCAAGCGCCCCACUGAUCCCCCCGAAUACAAUUACUUGUACCUGUUGCCUGCUGGCACUUUUAUAGGAGGAUAUGCAGCAGCGCUCCAUAGCGGGUAUAACAUUGAACAGAUGAUCUACCUGGGUUCAGGCUUGUGCUGUGUCGGUGCUCUGGCUGGCCUCUCCACACAAGGAACAGCUCGGCUUGGCAAUGCUUUGGGUAUGAUAGGUGUUGCCGGGGGCAUGGCAGCUACUCUCGGAGGCCUAAAACCAUCCCCUGAGCUGCUGGCGCAGAUGUCAGGUGCAAUGGCUCUUGGUGGCACCAUAGGUCUGACAAUUGCCAAACGUAUCCAGAUUUCGGAUUUACCUCAGUUAGUGGCUGCUUUCCACAGCUUGGUUGGCCUGGCUGCUGUCCUCACCUGCGUUGCUGAGUACAUGAUUGAGUAUCCUCACUUUGAUACUGAUGCAGCUGCAAACCUCACCAAGAUUGUGGCUUACCUUGGCACAUAUAUUGGAGGUGUAACCUUCAGUGGCUCUCUCGUUGCUUAUGGAAAGCUCCAAGGUAUCCUGAAUUCUGCCCCUCUCCUCUUACCAGGCCGGCACUUACUGAAUGCCGGCUUACUCACUGCAAGUGUGGGAGGAAUGAUUCCCUACAUGAUCGAUCCUAGUUACACAACUGGACUGACCUGUUUAGGGUCUGUGUCUGCUCUAUCUGCUGUUAUGGGCGUCACUUUAACAGCAGCCAUAGGCGGGGCUGACAUGCCCGUCGUCAUUACUGUACUGAACAGCUAUUCUGGCUGGGCACUCUGUGCUGAAGGAUUCCUACUCAACAACAACUUGCUAACAAUUGUGGGCGCUCUUAUUGGCUCUUCUGGUGCCAUCCUGUCUUAUAUCAUGUGUGUGGCCAUGAAUCGCUCUCUUGCUAACGUGAUCCUUGGUGGAUAUGGCACUACUUCGACAGCUGGUGGGAAGCCCAUGGAAAUAACCGGCACGCAUACAGAAGUGAAUGUGGACAGCGCUAUUGACAUGAUAAAGGAAGCCAACAACAUCAUCAUCACUCCUGGUUAUGGUCUUUGUGCAGCAAAGGCUCAAUAUCCAAUUGCUGACUUAGUGAAAAUGCUGAAGGAACAAGGCAAGCAUGUCAGGUUUGGUAUUCAUCCCGUCGCCGGACGCAUGCCUGGGCAACUGAAUGUGCUACUCGCAGAAGCCGGUGUGCCAUACGACAUUGUCCUAGAAAUGGAUGAGAUCAAUGAAGACUUCCCAGAAACUGAUCUAGUCCUUGUCAUUGGAGCUAAUGACACAGUUAAUUCAGCUGCCCAGGAAGAUCCAAACUCCAUCAUUGCUGGAAUGCCUGUUCUAGAAGUUUGGAAAGCAAAGCAGGUCAUUGUUAUGAAGAGAUCUCUAGGUGUUGGCUAUGCAGCUGUGGACAAUCCAAUCUUUUACAAGCCCAACACUGCUAUGCUGCUUGGGGACGCUAAGAAGACGUGUGAUGCCCUGCAGGCCAAAGUGAGGGAGUCCUACCAGAAAUAA